GAAAUUUCAUGGUGUUUUUGUUUUUCCUUCAAUCAGGUAAAUAUUAAUAAUCUUGAUUGAAGUUGUUUUUUGCUAGUUUAUAUACUUUAUUAAUGAAUCUUGUCGAGUAUGUGAUCCAAGAACAAGGACAAAAUUCAGAAGGCAUCACUGUGUUCAUUUCCAUAGGAAAUGGCAAACAACAAAAACCUAAUCACUAGGUUUCACCCAUAUCACGGAGAAAACAUUGUCCUCUCUGACGAUAACACAGUAGCUUACAGAAAGAAAAGCUUCGCCAAUGCUGUCACGUUUAGUGAGAAACCACUGCAACCAGGUGAAAUUUUCCUCAUAGAGAUUGAACAAAAUGAAACUGGGUGGAGUGGUCAUAUGAGACUAGGUCUCACUCAGCUAGAUCCCCUGACAAUAUACAGAACAGGUUCCAUACCACAGUAUGCUUUACCUGACCUUGCAGACAUUGGCACCUCUUGGAUUUAUGGUAUAAGCAAAGCCCACAACAGUAUUUUUGAGUAUGAGGACAAGAAAGGCAAAAAGUGUAUUCGUUCAGGACUGAAAAAAGUUGUUGGUGAUGGCAACUUUGUCAAAACUUGCCGAGGUACCUUACCUUUGAGUCUUUUGAAGCCCUCCAGGUCUUCAUCUCCCACUGAUGUUGGGAGCAGAAUUGGGGUUGUGUAUGUCCCCACUGAUGAACUAGAGGCUGAUAUGCAUUACAUAAUUAAUGGGGAGGACCAGGGAGCUUGUGUGAAAAGGAUUCCCUUCAAGCAAGCCCCCCUACAUGCUGUAGUUGAUGUGUAUGGUACCACAAAGAAAGUUAGAAUAAUCCAGUUGUAUGUUGUUCCUAGCUUACAAGCAGCUUGUAGAGAUGCCAUUCUUCAACAUAUCACCAAGAAGGGUGUUUAUUCUUUACCUCUGCCCAAACUGUUGAAAGAAAAAAAAGAAAGAAUUUUGAAAGUGAAAAUGGAGUGUUUACUGGGAAUCAAAUUCAAUGAUUUCGUUCUAAUAGCUGCCGAUAUGACAGCUUCGCAGAGCAUAAUCGUUAUGAAAACAGAUGAAAAUAAAUUGCACAAGAUGUCCAACAGGCUAGUAAUGGCUGUAUCAGGAGAAUCAGGUGAUACCACACAGUUUGCAGAGUACAUUGCAAAGAAUAUCCAGCUUUACAAAAUGAGGAACACCUAUGAGUUGAGUACAAAAGAAGCUGCUGCUUUCACGCGCAGAAACUUGGCUGAUAGUCUUCGAAGCAGGGGUGCCUACAGUGUGAAUCUUUUAUUGGCUGGUUAUGAUGAAAAUGAUGGACCACAAUUAUAUUACAUGGAUCACCUAGCAUCAGUUGCUAGUGUUGAUUAUGCUGCCCAUGGUUAUGGAGGUUACUUCUCACUUUCUAUCAUGGACAGAAAUUACUUGAAGUCUCUGUCCAGGGAACAAGGCUAUGAACUUUUGAAAAAGUGUGUGGCAGAAGUACAUAAGAGACUAGCUAUCAAUUUACCCAAUUUCAAGGUUCAAGCUAUUGACAAGAAUGGUAUUCAUGAUAUGCCUAAUAUCACUCUUUAAUAGUUUCUGUGUAUGUGUUUAUUUUUCAUAAUUAAUUAAGAGGUUUCUGAGAUGAGGAUUCAUUUUAAUAAAUAUUUGAGGUAAAAA